UUCGAAACGACAAGUACAAAGUAUCCUACAGGUUACAGUGGAGGUGAAAGCUGUUACCAAUUGAAAUAUCAAAAUUCAUCAAUGGAAACACUGAAAAGUAAUUCAAUAUAAUGAUGAUGAUUUGUACGCUCUUAGUCCAUAGAUGCUGAUCGUCACACGAGAACAAUUGAGAAUAGUGUGUUGGAAAUUUUUAAUUUUCAUAUGAAAUAUUGAGGGAUGAAGAAGAAGGCAUGGUUUUGUUACUAGGUGGUCUAUUUUCAUUCAAUGACGCGUAUUGUAUUUUCAAAUAUUGCUUUAUAGCAUAGGCAUUCAUUUUGCAUACAAUAAAUAUAGGUAUUUUAAGAGAUAAAGCCAGUAUUGUAUCUUUUUUGCAAACCCGGGUGAUAUAAAAGAACGCUCUCCGAGGGAAUCGAAGCAAUGCAGACCAGAUAGCUCUUCUUAGAGGAUCCAGGAUCUGCAUUAUGUGUGUUCUCGUGUGCGUGCUCCUCGUAGUGGCCCUUACCGGGCAAGGUGCUUUAGGACAGUGUGAUGCCAAUACCCCAUACCGUACGUUUGACGGCUCCUGUAAUAACCUGCAGAACCCAUCGUGGGGAUCGGCCAACACACCCUACGGACGAUUGCUCCCGGCGGAGUAUGGAGAUGGUUUAUCAACGCCUCGUCGAUCGAAAACCGGAGUAGAUCUUCCUCCAGCUCGAUUGCUUUCGUUGUCAAUGUUCACAGAACCGAACGUGCUCGAUCCCCGGAUGUCAUUGGUGAACAUGCAAUUUGGUCAGCUCGUGGCACAUGAUAUGGGACUGCGUGCUGGAAGCUCUGAUGCAGUAUCCUGCUGUCAAAAUGGAAGAGUCGUUUCAUCUCCUGGUAGACGAUGCUUUCCCAUCCCCGUGUUGCCGAACGAUCCUGUCUUAUCUCCCGCUGGAAUACAGUGCUUGGAUCUAGUGCGCACUUUGAACACCUGUGACGUUAACCCCGCGAAUUGCGUCAAUCGGCAAGCACAACAGUUGAACGCAGCCACUUCAUUUUUAGAUCUUUCUGUUGUCUACGGAAACAGUGCAACACAGAACUCCCAAUUACGUGCAUUCGUUGGUGGCCGAAUGAAGGUUGAUAACCGCAACGGAACUGACUGGCCUCCGAGGCAUCCUCAAGCAGCUAGUGCUUGCACACUGAAAAGCUCAGCUGACUCUUGCUACUUAACCGGUGAUGAACGCAGCAACAUUACACCGGAACUUACCAUCUUGCACAUUGCUUUUCUGCGAGAACACAACAGAAUCGCCCGACAGCUUCAGCUAUCGCAUUCUCUGUGGAACGAUGAAAAAAUCUUCCAAGAGGCACGGCGAAUCAACAUUGCACAGUAUCAACACAUUGUCUACAAUGAAUGGUUGCCAUUCUUCCUCAAUCCAGACCUGAUGAGCCAACGUGGAUUGCUACUGCGUACUCGAGAUUACGUCAAUGACUACACAUCGACCAUUAAUCCAACCGUAUUAAACGCUCACGCAAACGGAGCGUUCAGAUACUUCCAUUCCUCCAUAAUGGGUAGUUUAAGUCUCCACCAGGAAUCUAGAGCAUACAACGGUGCGAUCAACAUCAAUGACCAUAUGUUCAACCCAACAAUAUUGGAGCGUAACGACGGUUAUGCGUUGUUGACCCGAGGCAUGACCACACAAGCGAUGGGUCGUAACGAUUGGAACUAUGAUGCUGAAAUCAAACACUUCCUCUUCCGCUCCAAUAGCUUUUUUGGUACGGACCUAAAGGCGUUAGAUAUUCAGCGUAGUCGCGAUCACGGAAUUGCGGGCUACAAUGCCUUCCGUCAGUAUUGCGGUCUUGGACGAGCCACUCGUUGGGAGGAUUUCGUUGAACUACGUGGUCCAAGGGAUAUACAAAUGCUCAACAACCUUUACCGUACGGUGGAUGACGUGGAUCUAACUGUUUCUGAAUUCUUUGAAAGACAUAUUCCGGGAACCCAGGCUGGUCCAACCUAUCACUGUAUUUUGAUGGAACAAUUCCUUCGUACGCGCCGUGGCGAUCGUUUCUUCUUUGAGAAUGGCAACACACCUGGAGCCUUUACUCCACCACAGCUAAACGAAAUUCGGAAGGCUAGCAUGGCGCGCAUAUUGUGUGAUAACACACCUGGAGUAGUGCAAAUGCAACGACGCGCCUUCCAACAGAUUGCAAAUGAUGUCAAUCCAUUAGUACCCUGCAACAUGCUGCCUCCACUAGAAGCACGUUUGUGGUGAACAUACAACACCACACCAUAAAAUUGGAUUUAUUGAUGAAGAUGAGAAAAAUAUAUUUGAAGUCAGUUAUUGAAACAAUCUUUAAAGAUUAAGCUGCAGAUAAAAUUGCAACAUGCUGGUAAAAUUGCCUCACUUUCAGAUUUGCUUGUAGAGCAGACAUGGUCUACCCACAUCCUGCUGACAGGGCCAGCUGAUCAAGCUUUCAUUUUCCCGUUUACAUGAACAACAUAGCCAGUAUUCUCAUCGUGCACUUAUAGUUCAUUAUAGUACAACCAUACCUGUUCUCCUAGAUAAAUGUUCUAGUAAUGCGUAUGCAACUUCCACAGCUCUAAUCUUAGAAUAAUGUUGAAAGCCUUUUUGAAGUAAACUAAGAGGUAAAGCGUAGGAAUCUAAUUUAUCGCCCUUUUUGAGAGAAUAAGUGAUGAUGUUACCUUUGUUGAUUUACUACUCAACCACAUUGUUAAAUAGCAA